UUUCAUAAAGAUAACAAAACCUUUUACCUGUGAGAUAGAGGUCAGCUUCCAUUCCCUUCAGGAUACUGCUCCCAGAACCAGCACACAGAGCAGCUUUCUUCACUGGAGAAUCUGCAGGAUACAAGUCUCACCGAGUCCCUUGGACAGCCAGUUGUUGACUCCGUGCGGUACGGCAUCGUACGCUGUGUGCGGCAGUUGCUGUAUAUGCAUCAACCUCAGCUUUUUGAUGAGCAGGCAUGCCCAAGACAAUUUCUGUUUGCCAGUGUGGCCCAGGCAUGCCAGAAGGUUGGAGACCCAUGCCUUAGUGGCUGGGCUGUCACACUGCACACUGAUGUAGGAGACAUUAAAAUUGAACUGUUCUGUGAGCGAACGCCAAAAACAUGUGAAAAUUUCCUGGCUCUUUGUGCUAGUAACUACUACAACGGCUGUGUGUUUCACCGGAAUAUAAAGGGCUUCAUGGUUCAGACAGGAGAUCCAUUAGGCACUGGGAAAGGAGGAACCAGCAUCUGGGGCAAGAAGUUUGAAGAUGAAUUCAGUGAAUACCUAAAGCAUAGUGUCCGUGGGGUGGUUUCAAUGGCAAACAAUGGUCCAAAUACCAAUGGGUCGCAGUUCUUCAUCACUUAUGGCAAGCAGCCACACCUGGAUAUGAAGUAUACUGUUUUUGGGAAAGUCCUUGCACUCCUCCACUUGGGAGGAGAUUCCGAGCAGUUCUGCUUUUCUUCCAGAGUGAUUGAUGGCUUGGAGACCUUGGAUGAGCUGGAGAAGCUGCCUGUGAAUGAGAAAACGUACCGACCUCUGAAUGACGUUCGCAUCAAAGAUAUCACCAUUCAUGCCAACCCUUUUGCUCUGUAGCCACCAACAGUCGUGACACGUUCUUUAGAAGCUAGUCAGACCGACUGCUGGAUGGGUUGUUUGGUGUGCCGUCAGACGGGGUUACGGGAGCAGGGCUGUAUCUCGGUGUGCUGAACGUGGGACUCUGGGAGCUGUGAUGUUGUUUACGAAUUGUCACUGGGGAGCCUUGGGUUCCUCGAGCCUGUGUUUCCAGGUUGUGUGUUGACUGUUAUUCACUUGAUUUUGACUUCCAACCAUUGCUUUUUAUACUUGUAAAAUAAGACUUUCAAACACAUAUAUACAUUUUUUUUUU